AUGGCCAAACAACCACAUCCCCGCAAAGCGACCGAGAACGAGUUCACCGAGGCGUUCAACGCGCAGCUCCUCCAGAUCAAGGUUCUCCUCCAAGCCCCAGAAGAGCCGCAGAUCGAGCCAUCAGCGUCCAACAUAUCCGCCGCCCGGCGGCUGGCCGACCAGGCCGUCGCCCUCUCGACCGCCUACCCGAAACUGCACGCCAAGGCGCACCUGUUCCUGGGCCACGUCCUGCGCGCCGACCGCCGGUGGCUCGAGGCGCACCAGGCGUACGUGAGGUCGGCGCCCGUCUGUCCAGAGGUCGGGCAGCUCACUGCGGAGAUGAUUGCUGCGUACAACCGCGAGGUGGAGGAGGACAAGGCGCAGAGGCGGUCGAGGGAGGGGAAAGGGCCGGCUGGUGAGUCUUUGGAAGGGCGCCACGAGCAGGCUGUUGUAUCUGAGUCUGAGCCUGAGCAUGAGCCGGUUUUGGAGAGCAGACCCAAAACGAGGCAGGGUCCGCCGGUGUUGAGGAGGGUAAAGGCUAGGUACUUUGACCAUGUUCAUCCCGAUUUUUACCUAGAUAUAUAG